CAACUGGUCCCCUCUUUACUUCCAGUUUCAACUACCAGUUAAGCUGCGUGUGGUAGCAUCUCAUCUUGGAAAUCUAUAGAAGUCACAAUGUCUCACACAAUUCUACUGGUACAGCCAAAUCCUCGACCUGAUACAAGGACAUACUCUGACUAUGAGUCCCUCAACGAGUGCCUAGAAGGAAUCUGUAAGAUUUAUGAGGAACAUCUGAAGAGGCAAAAUCCUGAUUGUCCCUCAAUCACUUACGACAUUUCCCAACUGUUUGAUUUUGUGGAUCAGCUGACGGACCUAAGCUGUUUGGUCUACCAGAAAAACCAGGGAAGUUAUGCUCCACACAACAAAGACUGGCUAAAGGAAAAGAUUUACAUUAUGCUGAGAAAACAGGCAGGCCGUUAAUUCUAGAGGGAAUGUGGAGAAAAUGACAAUGACGUUACAUACACCCAUUUCAUCAUACCUUCAUAUUCAUGAUAUGUGUACAUUGUACUAUGUUGCAGCUACAGUAACAGUAGUUUAACAUCUGUUGUUGGUUUUACAAGUACCACUAUUUAGCAUUAUUGUUCAUGAUUAGUUUUAUGUUUAACCAUUUAUAAAAUGUAGGGGAAAAAAAUCAGAUUUUGUUUUAGUUUGCAGAAGAACUUUGUAAAAUUUCAGCAUGACUGAUUGCUGUAGUAUAGUGAAUUGUACAUUUUUUAAAAUAAAAUAGCAGUCAGAGUACAUGUGUGUACACCAGAAGUUUAUUCUCAAUAACAUGGCCUCUCAACUUAUGACAUUGAUAUGCAGUUUGCUAAAUUUUGCUCAUUUUUUUAGGUAUGAAAACAACUUGAAAAUUUGAAAUACAUAUAAUGUAUAAGAAUGAAAGCUGCAAUUUGUUGCUCCAUGGCUAUUGAUGAAAACUUUUUUAAAAAAAAUUAACAAAAAAAAAAAAAAAAAAAAGAAUGGCAAUGGUAAAUCCUGAGAAUGUUUCCCAGGGCAAAAAUAUUAAAUAAAAACAGGUCUUGAGACCAUAAACUGAGAGUAUGACUUAAGUCUAAAUUCUGAUUCUGAAUAUUUUAAUAAUUGAUUUUUACUUCACAUAUAUGUCUUAAAAUAUAUUGUUUCAAUUACAAACACAUGAUAAAAAUUCUUUUUAUCAAUAUUAUUUCAAAUUUUUUGGACUUAGAUCUGUUCUCAGUUUAUGGUUUUGAGGUCAGAGCUCUUUAGUUCUACAUGUGUAUCAAAAUCAUGCAAUAUAUGACUUUUGAGUUUUAAUAACAGUAUAAUCUUGAUUCAGAAAGUUGUACUUUUUCUGUAAGAUAGUUUGAUUUAUUGUGUUGAGUAAAAAAAUAUAUAUACUUAAGGGUCCCAAAUUAGGAUUUGGAUGAAUUUGUGAGAUUGUAUUGACAAGUUUUUCAUUUUGUAAGACAGUUUGAUUUUGCAAAAAGUUUGUAGAAAAUAAAUGUAUCAGUUUUUUUUCUCAUG